GCUGGUGGUAAAGCUGGGAAGGACUCUGGAAAGACCAAGACCAAAGCGGUGUCCCGUUCUCAGCGGGCUGGAUUGCAGUUCCCUGUUGGCCGCAUCCACAGGCAUCUGAAGUCUAGGACUACCAGCCAUGGGCGUGUGGGAGCCACAGCUGCUGUGUAUAGUGCUGCAAUCCUGGAGUACUUGACAGCUGAGGUUCUUGAGCUGGCAGGAAAUGCAUCCAAAGACUUGAAGGUGAAACGUAUCACUCCCCGUCAUUUGCAGCUUGCAAUUAGAGGAGAUGAAGAAUUGGAUUCUCUCAUUAAGGCAACAAUUGCUGGUGGUGGUGUAAUACCGCAUAUCCAUAAGUCUCUCAUUGGAAAGAAAGGACAACAGAAAACUGUCUAAAGGAUACCACAAUUGCUCGUUAUCUCAGGACUCUAAGUACUUAAUUGUCCAGUGUUGGUGAUUCCAGUGGACUGUAUCUGUGAAACACAGUUUUGCCUUUUUGUAACUUUGAGAAAAGCUAAAGCUCCCUUGAGCUUUCUAAGAAACCAAAUUUCUGCAUUGAAGUCUUAACCGUAUUUAAGUGUUACCAUGGCUUCAAAGAAGCUAUUGUAUUUGUAGUGGGUUUUGAUUGAGAUGACUGGUUUUAGAUUGGUUU